AUGUAAUAAAAAGAUGUUUAAAACAGUCCCUAAUAAGCAGACUAUUACUUUUAGAAAGCAACAACUCUAGAAAAAAUGAAAAUAUUUGGAGAAGCACUGAAAUUUUACGAUUAAGCUAUUCAAACUAACCCUAAUUUUUCAGUAUAUUAUUAAAGCAAAGGUAAAUUAGUUAUUACAUAUUUUACAGCAAGAACUCUAUCACAAAUGAAUAGACUUGAAGAAGCUUUGUACAAUUAUGAUUUAGCCAUCCUUCAUAAUCCUGAAUUACUUGAAAAUUACUAUUUGAAAGCCUAAACUUUAUAACAAAUGAAAAGAUUUGGAGAAGCCUUACAAAUUUAUGAUUCCCUUAUUCAGAUAAAUCCUAAUAAUUCUUUAUUUUUUUAGGGCAAAGGUACAUGGUCAAUUCAACUAUUUUUUUUAGCAAAUACCCUAUUUCUAACCAAUAGAUUUGAGGAGGCACUGUAAAACUAUGAUUAAGCAAUUCAUAUAAACCCUGAAUAUUCAGUAUAUUAUUAAAGCAAAGCAAGAACUCUAUCACAAAUGAAUAGAUUUGAAGAAGCUUUGUACAAUUAUGAUUUAGCCAUCCUUCAUAAUCCUGAAUUACUUGAAAAUUAGUAUUUGAAAGCCUAAACUUUAUAACAAAUGAAAAGAUUUGGAGAAGCCUUACAAAUUUAUGAUUCCCUUAUUCAGAUAAAUCCUAAUAACUCUUUAUUUUUUUAGGGCAAAGCAUAUACCCUAUUUCGAACCAAUAGAUUUGAGGAGGCACUGUAAAACUAUGAUUAAGCAAUUCAUAUAAACCCUGAAUAUUCAGUAUAUUAUUAAAGCAAAGCAAGAACUCUAUCACAAAUGAAUAGAUUUGAAGAAGCUUUGUACAAUUAUGAUUUAGCCAUCCUUCAUAAUCCUGAAUUACUUGAAAAUUAGUAUUUGAAAGCCUAAACUUUAUAACAAAUGAAAAGAUUUGGAGAAGCCUUACAAAUUUAUGAUUCCCUUAUUCAGAUAAAUCCUAAUAACUCUUUAUUUUUUUAGGGCAAAGGUACAUGGUCUAUUCAACUAUUUUAUUUAGCAUAUACCCUAUUUCGAACCAAUAGAUUUGAGGAAGCACUGUAUAACUAUGAUUAAGCAAUUCAUAUAAACCCUGAAUAUUCAGUAUAUUAAGGAAAAGGUAAAAUUGUAAAUUCCCUAUUAUAUUCAGCAAGAACUCUACAACAAAUGAAUAGAUUUGAGGAAGCUUUGCAAAAUUAUGAUUUAGCAAUUACUAAAAAUCCAGAAUAGGAAAUUAAUUACUUGUAUAAAGGUAAAUUUUAAGAAUCAUAUUUUGUAGCAGCAACUCUAUAGGAUAUGAGAAGAUUUGAGGAAGCUUUGUUAAACUACGAUUUAGCAAUUAAGUUAAAUCCAUUAAAAGCAACCAAUUACCAUUUGAAAGGUAAGGUGUAAAUAUAUUUUGUAGCAACAGUUCUAGAUCUAAUGAAUAAUUAUGAAGAAGCAUUGUAUAAUAUUGAUUAAGCAAUUAAUUUAAACCCUGAAUCAUCAAAAUAUUAUUCACACAAAGGAAGGACUCUAUCACAAAUAAACAGACUUGAAGAAGCUUUGUAAAAUUACGAUUUUGCAAUUAUGAGAAACCCUGAUAAGCCAGACUAAUUUUAUUGGAAAGCUUUAACACUAUAAAAAAUGAAUAGAUUUGAAGAAGCCUUAUAGUAUUUUGAUAAAGCAAUUCAGAUAAAUCCUGAAAAUUCCUAAUAUUAUUAUAACAAGGCAAGUACGUUAAAUAAUUUGAAUAGAUAUAAAGAAGCAUUGGAAUAAUUUGAGGUAUCAAUAUCAAAGGACCCUGAAACUUUGCAGUCUAUUAAAGGCAAAGCAUACACUUUACUCAAAAUGAAAAGACUUGAAGAAGCAUUAGAGUGUUAUUCUUCAAUUAUUUAAGAAAACUCAGAUACUGAAAAGCUUGAAGCAAUGACUUUAAUGGAAAUGAAUAGAUUCGAGGAGGCAUUAAAAUAUUAUGAUUUUGCAAUUCAAAUAGGCCCUGAAAAUUCAGAAUGCUACCAUUGCAAGGCAAUAACUUUAUUCAAAAUGAAAAAAUUUGAUGAAGCCUUAAAUUAUUAUGAUUUGGCUAUUUAAAAACAACCUCAAAAUUCAGUAUAUUUGCAAGGCAAAGCUUAUACUCUAAAAUAAAUGAAUAAAAUUGAAGAGGCCUUGUUUUAUUUUGAUUUAGCAAUAUAGAGCAACCCCGAAUAACCAGGCAGCUUUAAUGGCAAAGGUAAAUGGUAAAAUAAAUAUUUUGCAGCAUAUACUCUAUUAGAAAGGAAUUAAUUUCAAGAAGCCUUAUUUUAUUUUGAUCAAGCUAUUUAGAAAAGCUCUGAAUAAACAGAUAUAUAUUAUUUUGGCAAAGGUAAAUUUUAAAUUCCAUAUUUUGCAGCAAUUACUCUAAAACGGAUGAAUAAAUUCGAGGAAGCAUUAUGUUAUAUUGAUUUGGCUAUUAAGAAAAACCCUGAAAAUUCAGAAUAUUAUUCUAAAAAAGCACUUACACUAGCAGAUAUGCAUAGAUUUGAGGAAGCAUUAGAAUACUCUUAUUUAGCCAUUAAGCAAAACCCUGAUGAUCCAAAUUUGUAUUAGCAUCUAGUGUCCUAUAAAAUGUAAAAAAAUGAGGAGGCGUUUUAGUUUUAUAAUAAGGCUUUACAUAAAUACUCUGAAGAUCCAUUCACUUUAUUUUAAAAAGGUAAUAUUCUAAAAGAUAUGAAUAAAUUUGAAGAAGCUUUGUUUUAUUUUGAUUUAGCAAUUUAGAGCAACCCUGAAUUACCACACAACUAUACUUCGAAAGCAUAUACUCUAAAAUAAAUGAAUAAAUUUGAAGAGGCUUUGUUUAAUUUUGAUUUAGCCAUUUUGAAAGAUCCUAAAUAACCAUCCAAUUACUAUGGCAAGGGUAUUUAGUAAAUUAAAUAUUUUGCAGCAACAAUUCUAUAAAAAAUGAAUAAAUUUGAAGAAGCCUUGUGUUAUUUUGAUUUAGCUAUUUAGAAAAAUCCUGAAAAAUCUCUAUAUUAUAGGGACAAAGCAAAUAUUCUAAAAUAAAUGAAUAAACUUGAAGAGGCCUUGUUUUAUUUUGAUUUAGCUAUUUAGAAAAACCCUGAAAACUCAGGCUGUUAAAUCGGCAAAGGAAAUACCUUAGUAGAACUGAAUAGAUUGGAUGAGGCAUUGAAUUAUUAUGAUUAAGAAAUUCAAAAAAACCCUUAUGUUUCGGAUUAUUAUUUUAACAAAGGUCUGACUUUAAAUAAAUUGAAUAAAAAUGGUGAAGCUUUGGAAUAUUAUGAUAAAGCAAUUUAGCUUAACCCCGAAAUGUCCAAGUAUUAUUAUUAUAAAGCCAACUCAUUAUAUUAAAUGGAAAGAUUUUAAGAAGCAUUGUUAUCGUAUUUUUUAGCUAACUAGAAAAAUUUGAAAGAAAUGGAAAAGUAAACCAAAUUUGUAUUUUAACAUACCUCCUACUUUUCUGUAAUUUGA